AUGACUCAAUUUGCAAAACUCGUUGAGGAAAAAUUUACAGCUGCUAAAGAAAAGAAGGCACUCUUUUCUAUUGACGCGAUACAAGCUGAGAAAGAGAGUGGUGGAAUGAAAUUUGAAAUUACUUGUGCACCUGCUCUUGCUAAAAAGCCUAACAAUGAAGACAAAUCACAAGAAAAAGAAAACCCAUUCUUGAGUCCUAAUCCCGAUUUGGUUGUAAAAGAACUGGAUGAGCACUUGAUUCUGUUGAAUAAAUUUGCUGUCAUUCCUAAUCACUUGUUGCUAGUAACAAAAGAACAAAAGAGUCAAAAAGAACCACUCUUUCCCAAUGACUUGUAUGAAACGUAUAAAAUAUUACAAGAGUUUGGCUCCCCAUUACUUGCCUUUUAUAACUGUGGUGAAAACUCUGGUGCAAGUCAAGCACAUAAGCAUAUCCAACUUGUUCCUUUAAAUGGAAACAAUGGUGUUCAACCACCUAUUAAAAAGUUAUAUGACGAAAUCCAUGAUCGACGUGUGGGACAAAUUUAUGCUAUAGACAAAUUACCUUUUGUUCAUGUGAUUAUGCAGCUUGAUACAAAUAUCAUCCGUGCUGCAACCAAAAGAGAAGACUUGACGGAUUACUUGAGCCAAAUGUUCUUUGGUCUUUUGGAUGCCAUGUUUCAACAAUUACGUGAAAAUGCUCAACCGAUGAAUGCUUCUUACAAUUUCUUGAUGACAGAGGAAUUCAUGAUGCUUAUUCCUCGUGAAAAGGAAAAAGUAGCCAUUUCACAUGACAACAAGGACUAUGAGUUCUCUCUCAAUUCAUUGGCCUUUGCCGGUAUGUUGCUUUGUAAAUCAGAAGAGCAGCUCGAAGCAAUGAAGGCACAGGAUGAUCUGAUGGAUAUACUUACCCAAGUCGCCAUCAAAUGGAAUCCUGAUGCGCAGAGACUUGAUACGGAAAGACAACUAGGCUUAGAAGCUCACCUGGCAUAA